AUGCCAAAGGAGAUGAUGGUGCAUGUCCUAUCAAGAUUGCCUCCCAAGUCACUGGUCCGAUUCAAGUGCGUCCACAAAUCAUGGUCUUCUCUGAUCAACAAUUCUUUAUUUGUAGCCAAGCACCUCCAGUUAUACAACCAACUUUCCUCCUCCAUUUGCAUCUUUCUCAAGCGCCCUGUCAAAAGUAGAACAGAAACUAGCAAUGAGGAAAUUCUACUUUCAUUCCUUAAUCUUCCUAAGGAUUAUGGUGAUGACGAUGACCUUAAGCCUAUUGUGGAGGACUUCCAUUUGCCGCCAUCUAUAGGAAUACUUGGUAGAGGACCAGCUAUUGAGGUAGAACCUGGUGAACCUGUGUAUAUAGUAGGUCAUUGUGAGGGGAUCAUUUGCCUUAUUAUUCAUACCGGUGACCUUGUCUUAUGCAAUCCUGCAACGAAGGAAUUCAAGGUUCUUCCCGAGUCCUGCCUUCAAGAUACAACCUCAGAGAUUGCUGGAUUUGGCUAUGAUCCCAAAUCUAAUGAUUUUAAAAUUGUAAACAUUGGAUCUUGUGGUGAAGAAACUUAUGGUGAACGUCUUGUUAUUAAUCCUCCUAAAGCAGAAAUUUACACUCCAAGACGUGAGCAAAAUAAGGAAUUCAUCGACCAAAGUGACAAGGGAAUCCUUAGUUAUGAAGAGUAUUCAUUUGAUAUAUGGGUGAAGGAUGAAAAUGGUGAUGAUAAUCACAGUUGUUGGACAAAACACAUAACCAUUGAGCCUAUAGUCGGCCUUGCAUUGCCAUUGACAUUCUGGAAGAGCGAUGAGUUUCUUAUGGUUGCACCAGAUGGACAUAUAGUCUCCUACAACCUUGAUACCCAAAAAUAUAAGCAUCUACCGCUUCAUGGCAUCUAUCCGGGAUAUUUUGAAGCUGUUAUUUGUGUGCAUAGUAUAGCUUAA